CUGUCCCUGUCAGCUGUGAGGAAUGUGCGACACACACUGUGCAGCCCCCAUCUGAGGGUCCAGCCUGCAGCUUCAAGCUCUGGCUCAAGUUUUGAACAGAAAUCAUUCCUCCUUCCUCACCGUAGCCCACCACCGGGUGCUGCUGCUGCUGCUGCCGCUGCCGCUGAAUCGCCUUGCCCUAGUUUUCAAGGUGACCCUGCUGCAGGAUGUCUUCUACCCCAGAGCUGCCCCCUCUCCUCUUCACUGCGCUGCCCUCCUUCCCCACGGCCACUCCAGGAGUCCCGACUGUGGAGCUUAAUGCCACCUCCUGCCAGGAAUGGGAGCAGGCCCACCAUAUCCUCUUCCAUCUGGGGAGCCUGUCCCUGCUGCUGGGUCUGGUCAUCCCCACCACCCUGGGCCUGCACAUGAUCCUGCUGCGCCUCUUCCUGAUGACAGGAUGUGGUCUCUUCAUCGUGUGGGCGACUCUGUACAGGUGUAACCUGGAUGUGAUGGUUUGGAACGUGGUGUUCCUGGUGGUCAAUUUCAUGCACUUGGCCUUCCUCCUGUACAAGCGCAGACCGAUUAAGAUUGACAGGGAGCUGCGCUCAGUCUACAAGCGGAUGUUUGAGCCCCUCCAUGUGCAGGAGUCUCUGUUCCAGAGGCUCACAGGACAGUUCUGCACCAUCCAGACCCUGAAGAAAGGCCAGGCCUACGCUGCUGAGGACAAGACCUCUGUGGACGAACGCCUCAGCAUUCUGCUCAAAGGAAAGAUGAAGGUGUCAUACCGAGGCCAUUUCCUUCACAACAUCUACACCAAUUCAUUCAUUGACUCUCCAGAGUUCAGGUCCACUGAGAUGCACAGAGGAGAGAAGUUCCAGGUGACCAUCAUGGCAGAGGAGAACUGUAAGUUCCUGUGUUGGUCUCGAGAGAGGCUCACCUACUUCCUGGAGUCAGAUACUUUCCUCAAUGAGGUGUUCAGGUACCUCAUCGGCAAAGACAUCACCAACAAACUGUACUCUCUGAAUGACCCCACACUCAGUGACAAGGCAGUGAAGAAGAUGGACCGUCAGCCCAGCCUGUGCUCUCAGCUGUCUAUGAUGCAGAUGAGAAACAGCAUGGCGAGCACCAGUGACACUGAUGAUGUCCUUAACCAGAUCCUACGAGGAGGGUCUGCUGGAUCAUCGCUCCAAAAAUCACCUGGCACCAAGGCCUCCUCAAAGAUGAAACCCAUAGAGGAAGGCAUGGAGGAUGACGUCUUCGAAGAGUCUUGUAAUAUACCCAGCACUUCCACUGAUGAAAUGUAGCUAGCACUGCAAGAAUAUAUAGGAUGAAAUUUCUAUUAUAUAGGUCUGUUAGCUCUGCAACCAAACAACAAGAGCCUGAUUGAUACACAGGCAUGAGGGAAAUCAUCAUCUGUGCCAUUUUCUCAGUGAACUUAGAUCUGCCUAUAUUUUGGCAACAGAUGUCAGUACAGAAAUGUUAAAGAUAUGUUUAAGGUCAUUUAGAAACAAAUGUCUCCAGUACAUAGUUUAUCCACCACAAAGCACUGACAAGAUUAUUUUUUACUGUUAAAUGUAAAAUGUUGCAAAAUGUGCAUAUCUGCUUUGUUUAUGUGUUUAUGUAAAAAAAAAAAAGACAGAUAUAUUAUUAUCAGUUUUUUAAAGCUACCUUAAUUGAUUUCCUUGACCACUUGUGGGCAGCAGAUCAUGCUGUAAAACACAUAAUGGACAUAUUAUCACCUUACAAAGGCUUUGUGAUGACCAUUGUUUGCUAGCAAUAGCCCAUCGAACAGACACAAAUAACACAUGCCUUCCAAUCUAAGGUCAACUGUUUUAAUAUUUUCUUCAGAUUUUUAAAGAAAACAUGAAGGCAUGGUUUUUUUUAGAACUCAAAACAAAAUACAACCAUUUAAAUUUGUAUGCCCCUCCCUCAAGCCAAAGUAACAAACGUAAAUCCCUCCCCGGUGCUUAAAACAUUAUUUGACAUGCCCCCUUCAUAAAUAAUGAAGUCCCUUAGAGCUUUUUCCACUGAAAACAGCUGCCUGUUGGAGACAAGGCUGAUGAGAAUACUGAGACUGAACCAAAUAUAAAAAUGGGAGCUGGAAAACCAAAAUGAUGAGCUAAAAAAUAAAAUCUCUGUAGAGCUGAGGGGAAUGGCAGGAUUGGGAUAAUUCUUUGUGUGUUCAUCAUAAAGAGCGUUCACAUUACAUACAGUUAUUUGAUCUAUUGAUAAUGUGAAGACAUUGAUCAGUGCAGCUUUCAGUUCUCAAAUAUAAUUAUAAAAAAAAACAAAAUCUAAAACUAAACUAAACUAAAUCUGUCUCAGAAAUCCUGCACUGGUCAGGCUCUAACAACUGCUCAUAAGUGACAGAUCCAUAUAAACUCUUCAAAUUGUUUCUGAAAAACAUAACUGGUCAGCACUGAUGCAAAUCCAUUAUUAUGUUUUUGAUUAUGUAGACACAAACAUUUUCCUGUUUUAUCCACAAGCUCACAUUUCAUAACUUUCACAUCUUAAUCUUUGUUAGUGAGGAUUUUCUUUGGAAAUAUUAUUUUAUUUAACAAUGUAUUCUUUUUAAAACAUUUGAAAGAGACAGAAGUGCACUUUGGGUGUUAAAUAAACAUUUAAAGAAAAAAGA